AUACACGUAUUAUUGCCGGUCUGAAGUAUGCCCAGGAAUGUAGAGAUUAAGGCUCGCAUCAACGAUUUGAAGGCCGCAAAACAACGAAUUUCGAACCUGAAGUCGAAUACAUCUGAAGACAUCGAUGUAAUUAUUAAUCAAGAAGAUACGUUUUACAAUCUGCCGGCCGGCAACAAAGGAAAAUUAAAGUUCAGAAAAAUCCAGGGAUCUGAUUCAGAGUUAAUCUUUUAUGAAAGAGAAGAAAUCACUGGACCAAAAUUAAGUGACUUCCAUAGAUGCAAGGUACCUGAUGAUAUCAAGGAAUUCCUUUCCACAACCUUGGGUACUUGGGGUAUUGUGAAGAAAGUUAGAAACUUGAUAAUGAUUGGUCAAACAAGAGUGCAUUUUGACAGUGUUGAGGGACUUGGAGAUUUUGUAGAAUUAGAAGUGGUAUUAGACGAUAAACAAACCGUCGAGGAUGGCCAAAAAAUUGCUUCAAAUCUGAUGUCACAUUUGCAAAUUGAAGAAAAAGAUUUGAUAUCGGUGUCAUAUAUAAAUAUGCUAUGUCAAAAUAAAUCACAAUGAUGUAAAUUAAUUUAAAUAUUAAUUUGAAUAUUUUGUUUACUUUUUUUUCUAGUACUAAGUACUGUUAUCGUAUCAUGAAAUUUGUUGGUAUCCAUUUCA